CGGAGGGGAGGACCAGCAUUAUCGAUAAGACACACGUGAUGGGCCUGGUUGCUGGGCAAGUCCCGCGUGCGCCUGCGGGCUGCCCCGUGUGUUAGCGCGCGCGUCCUGGUGGGGUGUUUAGGGUGCGCUGGACGCGACGCCCAACGGCUAAACGCGUCUCCCACCACCAACCAGCCAUCCCUUGCCGUGUGGAAUUCAUGUUCCAUCUUCAUUGUUCGUCACUUCACAGAUGCGGGCCGCGACGUCAAUGUUCGGCCAUGACCACUGCGCAACAUGCCGCUGCAGAAGUCCUACUCUGAGCGUGUCGGGCUGAGCAAGAACCGACAGCCGUGGCAGCGAUCACACAGCCACCCCGUCAACCUGCAAACACCAAGGGGCAAACUGCCGCCCGUGUCCGAGACGACCAAGAACAAGCUCAGCAAGUUCCAAUACCAGCCCUCCGAUGAUGCCGGGUCAGGAGGCGAGGACCAGCCGGCGGGCGCCAUAGGUGGCGAGGCCUCCUCCAAGACCACGCCCCUGACGAGGCUCAAUUGGCGGGACCUCGUGGAGCCGAGUACGGCAGCAGCGCCAGAAGAGCAGGCCGACACGUCCCCCAACGACAAGAUCAUGUGGAACAACCGCGAGGACCCUGCCUACAGGGGCAUCCUGUCGCCCGUCAUGGCCCGCAAGCGCAAGCGUGCGCGAAGCUCGUCGCCGACAUCUUCGCCCCUGGCAAACCCCAACACGCCCGCCGUAAACGUCGAGAAGCUCACAAGGGCCCUAAAGUCGCCGCACGCCGACCCAACCCUCGAGCUAUGGGACCGCUACUCGCUCAAGCCCGAGCUCAAGCAAGGCGCGGGGUCGCCGAGCGGCGCCGUGAACCCGGCCCUCGCGCAGCUGAUGAUUUCGUCGUCACCGAAGCCGGCGAGAGAAGCGCUUGUGCCGCGCCUUGAAAGCAACCUCAGGCGAGCCGUCAGCUGCGGCGUGGCCGGGACGAAAAGGCGAAAGGUCGAAAAGUCGAAGCUCGGAAGCCAGAGCAGCAGCCAGCAGAGGGAACUCGAGGCCGCGUCCAAGUCGUCGCUCGUCACCGCGCUGCUCGACACUGUCAAUGGGAACUGCCAAGGCCCCGCGCAGGAGCACCAGACGCCGGCGGCGUCGCCAUCGCCAAGACGAAUGCCGCGCCCCGCGGCCGAGUCUCCUUGCCGGGCCGCGGGCGUCACGGACCCCGCGUCGUCCGACUACGGCGACGACGAUUUCGAUGAAGACACUUUCAUCGAGCUCGAGGCCGCCAUAAACAGUACCCAAGCGGCGACAUUGACAGCCGCUCCGACGAGAGAUGCUCCAGUGGCUCCAAAGGGUUCGGGAUUCCACAAGACAGCGGACCAGUUCGACGACUUGGACGACGACAUCUUUGACGAGGGCCCUGCGGCUGCGCCCGGGCGAGGACUCACAACCCCAAGGUCGGCUAGGACGAAACCCCCAGGCAGUCCGGGAGACGACUUUGGAGACGACUUUGACGGCGACAUCGACUUUGACGCCGUCGAGCUCGCCGCAACGCAAACCAUGCAACAACACCAUCAGCCCUCAACUAGCCAAAAGGCCAAGACCAUUCAGCGAUACUUAGUGACGAGCGUUUUAGAGGGCGAAUACGUCGACCAGUACGACAACGCGCGUCCGGAAAAGAUCCUCAUCAUCCAGGCCGACACAUCCAAGGCUGUCAAGACGGUGCAUCUGCGAGGCUCGUGGUUUGAUACGCCCGCGCACGCCGAGUCGUACGUGCACGUCAUCGGCGACUUUUCGCUCAGGGGCCAGUGCAUCAUCGACGACGCCCAGAACCUCCUCAUCUUGCACCCCGAUCAGCUGGUCUCGGCCACCGUCGUGGCGGACUCGUUUGGGUGCAUGCGCCGGGCCGUGCUCCAAGACCGUGUCAAGGCGACGAGCGAGGCCUCGCCGCCUCUCGUGUACGGGACCAUCCUCCACGAGAUCUUCCAGGAGGCCCUGCUCGCGAACCAGUGGGACCUCCCGUACCUGGCCAAGCUCAUCGACCGAAUUACCGAGAAGCACGUUGAGGACCUCUACACGAUCAAGGUCGGCAUGCCGUCGGCACGAGAGCACCUCCAGUCGAAGAUGACGGAGCUGAGCUACUGGGCAAAGACCUUUGUGUCGUCGCAGCCGCAGACCGACGCCAUGGUCGAGGAUCGCAACGGCAAAAAGGCCAACAUGGCCAUCACCAAGCUGCUCGACGUUGAGGAGCACGUGUGGUCGCCCAUGUACGGGCUCAAGGGCAACAUUGAUGCCACCGUCGAGGUCAUCAUGGUGGACGGGAAGCAGAAGAAGACGUUGACGGUCCCGUUCGAGGUCAAGACGGGCAAGCACGCCAACAGCAACCACAUGGCGCAGACGGCCCUGUACACCCUGCUGCUCUCGGACCGGUACGACAUCGAGAUCGCUUGCGGCAUCCUGUAUUACAUGGAGACGUCCAAGACGAUGCGGAUCCCGGCGGUGCGACACGAGCUGCGGCACAUGAUUAUGCAGCGGAACCAGCUGGCCUGCUACAUCCGCGAGCGGAGCGUCCAGCUGCCUCCCAUGCUUAAGAGCAAGCACAUGUGCGGCAGGUGCUACGCCAAGACGUCGUGCUUCACCUACCACCGGCUGGCCGACGACGGAGACGGCGAGUCGAGUGGCAUGGGCGAAAAGUUUGACGAGGUCGUCAAGCACCUCACGCCAACGCAUCAAGAGUUCUUCAUCAAGUGGGAGAACCUCUUGACCAAGGAAGAGAAGGAAUCACAAAAGACGAAGCGGGAACUGUGGACCAUGACGAGCGUCGAGCGCGAGAAGAAGUCGCGAUGCUUCGCCGACGUCAUCAUCGAGGAGGGCUCUGCGUCCGUCGACACGGACAACCCCCGUAUCAACCGCUUCCACUACACCUUUGUCAAACGCGAGCACCCGGCCGGCUUUUCGUUCCUCGAGUCGGAGCUGGCCGUUGGCGAGCCCAUCGUGGUGUCGGAUGAGGACGGACACUUUGCCCUGGCCAUCGGCUACGUGACGGCCGUGCGCAGGCAGCGGAUAAGCGUGGCCGUCGACAGACGACUGCACAACGCUCGCAUUAGGCAACCUGGGUUCGACGAGGCAGACAACCAGGUCUUUGCUAGCAUCAUGGACGUGGCGGCCGAGGGAGCGCCGGCGGAUCAGACCCAAGGCAAGAUCAAGGAGCCGCCGAUCCGGUACCGGCUGGACCAGGACGAGUUCAGCAACGGCAUGGCGACGGUGAGGAACAACCUGGUGCAGAUGAUGGCCAACGAUGUGCCGACCGCGCCGCGCAUACGGAGCCUGAUUGUCGACCUGGCCGCGCCGCGGUUCAAAACGGCGCCGACGCAGUACACCAUCUCGGACCAGGGCAGCCUCAACGUCGACCAGAAGAGGGCCAUCGAAAAGGUCAUGAGCGCCGAGGACUAUGCGCUCGUGCUGGGCAUGCCCGGCACGGGCAAGACGACGACGAUUGCGCACAUUAUCCGCGCGCUCGUGUCCCAGGGCAAGACGGUGCUGCUCACGUCGCACACGCACACGGCCGUCGACAACAUAUUACUCAAGCUCAAGACGGACAGGAUCCCCAUCUUGCGUCUGGGGGCCCCGGCCAAGGUGCAUCCCGAGGUGCAGGACUUUGCGCAUCUCGCGGGCCAGCCCAAGAAGACGUUUGAGGAGAUCAAGGAGGCCUGGCACGGGACGCCCGUGGUGGCGACGACGUGCCUGGGCAUCAACCACCCCGUCUUCCUGGAGCGGUCAUUCGACUACUGCAUCGUCGACGAGGCGUCGCAGAUCACGCUGCCCAUCUGCGCGGGGCCGAUCCGCAUGGCCAAGGCGUUUGUGCUCGUCGGCGACCACAACCAGCUGCCACCGGUGGUGCGCAACGAGGAGGCGCGCGAGGGCGGCCUCGACGUGAGCCUCUUCAAGCUCCUGUCGGACGCGCACCCGCAGUCGGUGGUCAACCUCGAGCACCAGUACCGCAUGUGCGAGGACAUUAUGACGCUGAGCAACACGCUCAUCUACGAGGGCAGGCUGCGCUGCGGCUACGACGCCCUGCGCAGGCGCAAGCUCGAGGUGCCUCGCAUCGGCGCGCUCAGCCACGUGCACUACGACGCCGCCUCGGCCUCGCUGCCCGGCACGCCGCGGUCGUUUUGCACCGGCCCGGCGGCGGCGGUGGCGACGCGGUGCUGGCUGCACGACCUCGUGGACGGCGAGGCGCGGGUGCGCUUCGUCAACACGGACACGAUCCGGCCGCUGGUGCGCGAGGAGGCGCAGGGCAAGCGCAUCGUCAACCCGGCCGAGGUGCGCAUCGUGUCGCAGCUCGUCGAGAGCCUCCUGACGGCGGGCGUGCCCGCCAGCGAGGUGGGCGUCAUGACGCACUACCGCGCGCAGCUCUCGCGCCUGCGCGACCGGCUCCGGGGGGCGGCGGGGGCCGUCGAGAUGCACACGACGGACCGCUUCCAGGGCCGCGACAAGGAGGUGGUGGUGCUCAGCCUGGUGCGCAGCAACGAGGCCGGCAGCAUCGGCGACCUGCUCAAGGACUGGCGCAGGAUCAACGUGGCCUUUACCCGCGCCAAGACGAAGCUCCUCGUCGUCGGCAGCCUCGGCACCCUCAAGGGCAGCGGCAGGGAGGAGAAGAACAUGCUCAGCCGCUUCGUCGCCCUCAUGGAGGAGCGCGACUGGGUCUACGACCUGCCGCCCGACGCCCUCGACAGCCACCGCUUCGACGAGCUGGGCACGCAGCCCGCCUGUCGGUCGCCCCCCAAGAGGCCGUCGCAGCAGCAGCAGCAGCAGCAACCCAAGAAAGUCACCACUAACCACAAGACCACCACCACCACCACCACCACGACGGGCGCGUACGGCGGCGGCUCGCAGCAGGACAAGGAGAACCGCCGGCCAUCGCCCAAGAAGGCACGUAUCGGGGAAAGGGCGCUCCUCAGGGGAAAGCUCAUCACGCGGGAUAUACUCAACGAAAUGACAAACGGCGCAUACUAGGAGGAGCCCGGGGACGGCGCGGGGCAUCGGGACCAUCAUCACUCACGAAGGGGGGGCGCAAACAGGGGUACUUGAACAUUGCAACAUUGGCAUAUCUACUAGUUAGGGUAUCAACUAGUUAGGGUAUCAAAUGGGUAGUAGUAGCCGCCCUCGUUGGUCAUUACAUGCCGUCAUGAUUUUUCGUG